ACUACCACAAAGUAGCAUAUCAUCUGUUUCUCUCUCUAGCUAUCCUUCUUCAAUGGCGUCCUCUGCAAAACCUUUCUCUCUCUUCCUUCUCAUCAUCACCCUCUUAACCACACUACUCUACACUACUCAUGCAAGAGAGAACCAAUUCUUCAACAAAGCCUCCACCACUAACACCAACAACGACAACCUCGUACCAGAUGACGUCGAAAAAGAACCUCUGAACAACCAGCCCGAUUUCCUGCCGGAAAACGAAAACGGCUACGGCCUCUCCGGCCACAACUCCGUCCAACUCCCUCCUUCCGCCGCCACCACCGAAUCCAAGCGGCCUCUCCCAAAGUACCUCCCAAGAAACUACAACCCAGUUGCGUACGUCACCGAACCAGAAGCCACCAACACAUUUGCAGAAGAAAAAAGUUAUUACAACAAUGGCGGCGGCGGCGGUGAACGAAACUACUACUACAGUAACAACAACAACAACCAGCAACAAGAAGAAGAAGAAGAGGAAGAAGAGCCGCCGUACCGGAGAAGCUACCCCAACACCAGAAGCAACUACUACAACGGCGGCGAAUUCCGGCGGCCGCAAGGAAUGAGUGAUACGAGGUCGCUGGAAAAUGGAAAGUAUUAUUAUGAUUUAAAUACAGAGAAAUACAACAGUAAUCACCCGUAUGAAAGAUUGAGGGCAAGAAAUGAAUACAGCAACGUCGUUAACAGAAAUAACUACCGUGGGUAUGAAUCUAACGGCCGUGAUAACUCCGUUAGAGGAUACCGUCAGAACGGCCGUGAGGUUGAUCAGUACUUUCAAGAUGAGGGUUAUAACAAUAAUUUGCCUUGAAAAAAUAUGAGAUGCAUGAUAAUUCAGAUAACUACUUGUUUGGAUUAUAAUAUUUAUUAAUUAAUGGUCGAUUUGUAAGAUAACGAAAUUACGGAUUAGUUUAUAUGUAUGUAUUUUUAUUUUAUUUUUUGAUUUAAGAAAUGUGUAUGCUUUACACAUUUUUUGGAUGUCAUUGUUGGAAAGAGUGAUAAUAUAAUAUAAUGGGAUUUUGAGUUGUGUGUUAUA